GCUGCUCGCGCUCGAGGACGACUUCAAGCGCGACGUGCCCGUCGUCUCGGCGGAGGAGUUUCGGCUGGAGCGCGUUCAGAUCGAGGAGCGCCACACGCUGGAGAAGCGGGAGUUGCAGCUCCUCAUCGACCAGGUCGAGCGCGAGGAGGUCAGCCGCGAGCAG